UUAGCACGCGACAGAGUUUCGCUGAAUAAGUAUAACCGAUGACUUAAGUCGGCUCGUCAACCUUGCGAUCCAAAAGCUACUAGAAACACUUUACGAGUGACAGCGGCAACGUCAACAUCUUCCGAGAUUCAUAUAAGUGUUAAUACUGAUGACAAUCGGUGGUUAAAGUGCGCGAUUUGAAAUAAUACUGUGUCAUUAAUUUAAUUAGAGAGCAACAUUCAAAAAAUUUGUCCAUAAGUAUGGCGAAGACAAAAUCCACCGAGCAAGAGGAAAUAGCAGGAGGGAUGGGUUUCAAGGACAAACAGAAAGCAUUGGAUACACUAAAGGCUCUGGAUGGCCGCGACAUCAGUUAUCAGUAUCACGUAAUCACGAGCUUCGUUAGUCGCGCGAAAAGAACGUUGCAGAUAACGCGAGACGAAGAGAAACUAGCGAAUUUGCGAGACUCCCUGAAAGUAUUUGAGGAUUGGUUAACGGAUUACAAAACGAAUAAUAGAGGGAAAGAGAAUCUUGCAUACUUGCCGAUCGAAACGAUUAAGGCCUUCCGCGGUCUCGCGAAGAAAUACGACGUGUGGAACAAUGAGUUCUUCAGGGCGUACAAGGCUGAGAAGGGUGACUAUAAGAACCUGCGGGCAGCGAAAGUGCCUGGCGGAGACAUCACGUGGGAUAUUGAGAGGAACAGGCGUUUGAAAGAGAUUAUCGGGAAAAUCAAGGACGAAUACAUCCAAUGGUAUGAGACGGACAUGGGAGAUUUUCGGGGUUUCCCAACGAAGGAGCACACACAAUGCAUCGUACUCGCGUACAGUCCCGAUCCUUCAAAGUUGAAAAAAUUGAUGACUCAGGUACGCGAAAAAUUCGGCGAGGAUGAUAAUGACACGGAUAUCGAGGAAGAAGGGCAAGGCACUAAGAGAGCUCACGACAGCUCAUCGAGCAGCGAUAGCGAGCCAGAGAAAAAGUUCGCGAAACGUUCAUCGGAAGCUGAUGAGGAGAAUCAACGGAACGAAAAAUCGGAGAGCGCGCUAAGUUUCAAGGACAAGGAGAAAGCUUUGCAGAGCAUCAAGUCCUUGGAGGGCAGAGACAUGUCGUAUCAGUUCCAUGCGAUCAGCGGCCUGGUAAAGCGAGCCGAGAGAGUGAUAUCGUGCACGAAGGACAAGCAGAAGAUUAAGAAUAUGACGGAAGCCGUGGAGGUCUUUGAGAAUUGGAUCACCGAUUAUAAUGUAAACGGCCGGUCGAAGGAAAACUUUAAUUAUCUGGCAAUCGAUAUUGUGCGAGCCUUUAAACCUCUAGCCGAACGAUACGGUAUCGAAGACAACGGUUUCCUCGAGGUUUACGAAGAGGCGGACGGCGAUUACAAGAAACUCAGAUCUGUUCGAGUUCCAGAAUCGGAUAUUACGUGGGAUGUGAAGAGGAACGAGCAUCUACGAGAGUUAGUAGAUCGCAUAAAAAAGGAUCACGUUCAAUGGUUCGAUACGGAUGCCAAAUUCCGAGGUUUGCCUACCGCGGAACAUACACGAUGCAUUAUGUGGGGUUUCAGCCACGACGUUGCAAAGCUGAAGAAGCUCUUGCCAACAUUAAACGAGAAACUUGAAGCCGCUGACUAAUGUGGCUUAAUAAAUGUUGGAUUGUUGCCGAAUCGUUGACGAUUCUAUCAUAUUUGUAUUGUUACGUAACAAAAGAAAAAAAGAAAUGCCUGCUGCAUUACGCAUAUUAUAUUUUAACAUAUUAUUCAUAUGUUAUACACAAUUUGUCAUAUUUUUGCUAUAAUAAAUUUGUUUAUUUUAAUUGAUA